AUGAUGUUGGUUCUCGUCGACGAUUUUUCAUUAUGUCGAUUGUUGGGUGACCGAGUGGAUCGACUAUUUUUAUGUGAUUUCGCCGACAUCUGUGUGGCAUCAAGUGGACGUCCUCUACACAUUACCGUUGACCACAAGUACAGCCCGGAGAAGCCGUCUCUUGUUGCCUACGGGACAACAGAGAAGCGGAAGACCACAAUAGCUGGAACAACAAUGACUAUAACGGCCGUUACUCCAGAAGACAAUGUUACAUCGACUAUUCGAAGAGCUGAAAUCACUGAUCAACCCGUAACUACUACGACAUCCACGCUUCAGACAACAACCACAAAAUUAUGCAACACUGUCGGUCAAUUUCGUUGUGAUCUU